GGCAUUUGGUAUGAAGAUUACCACGAGGUUAGCUAUUUGUCUUGGUGAAAAUACCUCGUCCGGUUCACUUUUUGUCUUACCCAUUUUUUAAAAUACUGGUACAGGUUUCGAGUCACGGCUCAGCCAAUGGUUUGCAAUGGAGGAAACUGAAGAUAACCAGGUGACCGUAUUGCCGAGUAGCGCAAGCUUUAGAAAUGCUAUUCAAUUGGCGAAUGCAGUACCCAUUGAUCGUCUUCCUCUCUUCCUCGACCGCAUCCUUAACAAACUUGCAAAGGAAGAAAAACCAUUUAAUGAAGUUGAAUCAUCCAAAUUACAAGAAGUAUUGGGCCUUUCAUCAGAGGAGUUGCAGUCCCUAAUUGAUGCUUGCACUUUUGCAUUUGAGCAGGCAGCAAUCAAUUCUCUUUCUGUCACAAAACUUGUUGAUAGUCUCAACCUUUCUGGGUUGUCAUCUUCUUCGAUUGCAGUCUUUCAAGAUGUAUGGAUGAGAAGUGGACAUGCAUUAGUGAUUGCAUUCCAUGAGAAACCAUUUGGUGCCCCUGGCAACAGUCAGCUUGUUGAUGUUCAGUGGCGGGUUCAUAUGCAGGUUGCUAGCAGCAAUAAAAGACAACAUGAACCAGUAGGAAUCCUCCAAAUGAAUUUAUCGACUCCGGAAAAGGGUCACCAAUCCUCUGGGGAAAAGUCAAUUGCUUUAGAGUUCUCAUAUACAGAAUUAUUUGAAUUUUAUGAGAAACUAGAGCAAAUUCAAGAGCAAUUGGAUUCUUUAUCAUGACAAACAUAUGCAUUCACAAAGCUGGGCAGAUUAAGUAGUUGAUACUUAAUCAUGACAAACAUAUGUAUUCACAAAGGUCAGUAAGAUUAAGUUGUUGGAUUCUUAAUUAUAAUAAACAUAUGCAUUCACAGAGGUUGGAGAUCUGACUUUUCCAUUCAUUUUAACAGUAAAAUAAAUUUUGUUUGCAGAAAAUAAGAUUGUACUGAUGUAAUAUUUCUUUGUAGAGACCUUUAGUCUCGAGUCUCCUCAGUGCUCCUUAUUUUUAUGGGCUAUUCAAAAUCAAGUUAUUGGAUUCUUCAUUGUGAUAAAUAUAUAUUAUAUGCCUUAACAAAGGUUGGGAGGUUUGACUUAUCC